AUGAGCGUUGUGCAAGACGCCAUCUGCGUGACGAGUCUGACGCCACUGCUCUGUGGCUCGGCGGAGGCCGUCCUCGCGGGGAAGACUCUGUCGCCGCAGGACAAGGUUCGGCAGUUCGUGGAGGAACAGGAGUCUCUGCAUCUGCCCCCCGCUAACGCAGCGGCAGACGCGGCACUCCUGGAGUGCGUGCACGACGCCGUUUUUUUGGGUUUUCACGAGGAAAACGACGACACGAGUAACGCUGUCCCCCUCAUGGACGAGGCGUUGUCGGACGCCAAAGAGGCAGCCUCCAGCCGGCGAAAUGGGAGGAAGCAGCCGCCAGCGUCUCGCAAGAGAAAACGUCAAGGUAAGUGUGCGGGGUGCGACGCGGAUGACCCCCUGCUUCUCUUCCGCCGUUCACAGAAGGCCCUACGAAAUGAGGCACGCCACGUCAAUAUGAAGGAGGUCCUUUCGCGCUCCCUUUCGGGAAUACUCGACGGGUCGAGUGAGGGGAGCAAUCCCUUUUCGCCAACGGCCGGGUCACAGUUGUCUUCUGCUUGGUCCCCCUUAGUUGCCAGUGACAUCACCAGUCGAUUCCUCUCCAAUGUGCAGCAGCAGAAAAAACAGAACUUUGAGCGACUGUUGCAGAAGGAGAUUGCGAACUCUCAGCUUUCCAUCUCCCGACUAACCACCGACGACGGGGAAUCCGACAAUGGCAUGCCAGAACUUGUCAUUGGGGACGAAACAGCCGUUAUGGAGCCACCAUCGAUGGAGAACGAUGCUCUCCUCAUAGAUACUGGUGCAACUUCAUCCCAGACGGAUACGCUUCUGUUGGGUAACACCACCUCUCGAGGGUUUGUGGAACUAGACGAGGAGGCGGAGCAGGCGCAAUCGGAGGCGCUACUGCGCAAGCAUGAGCUGUGGCGUUUAAGACAGAAACACUUGCGGGAGCAGCUUCGUGAGGAGGAAACUGUCCUGCAACUAAAGCGGGGAGAUCAUCAGACAACAUUAAAUGGGCAAACCUCAUCGACACAGUCGACGAUGAACGUCACCACCAAUUCGACUUACUCGCUUUCUGCGACACGCGUCACCGCAGCAGAUGUGGAUGGAUCCACGGAACCCCUCAUGCUGGCGCAGUGCAGCAUUAUUCAACGCUCACAAAGCCUUGCAUCUGGACUCUCCGCCGAUCAUAUUGACAUGAUCCGCCGUGCAAAUCAUUUUGGUAAUACUUCAAGCCAGCGUGUUGUCGUUUUUAAGACGAAGAACAGCAAAAAGUAG